CGCCCACUGAAGAUGGCGGCGGAGCUGCAUCCGCGGAGCGGAAAGCUGAUCGGCCUGUCCAACUCCAACCGAACCGCCCGGCGCAACCAGCCAGUCCAGGAGUUCAACCAUGGCCUGGUGCUUAGCAAGGAGCCGCUGAGGGACCGGGAUGUCUUCACCGUCCGUAUCGACAAGAAGGUGAACUCGUGGAGCGGCUCCAUCGAGAUCGGCGUGACGGCACUGGACCCCGCAGCGCUGGACUUCCCCAGCAGUGCCACAGGCCUCAAGGGCGGCUCCUGGAUUGUGUCGGGCUGCUCGGUGCUACGUGACGGCCGCUCGGUCCUGGAGGAGUACGGCCGCGACCUCGACCAGCUAGCCGAGGGCGACCGCGUAGGCAUUCAGCGCAGCUCCCGCGGGGAGCUCCACCUCUGGGUUAACGGUCAGGACUGCGGUGCAGCCGCCAGCGGCCUGCCGCCCAAACUCUGGGCUGUGGUGGACCUGUACGGCAAGUGCACUCAGGUGACGGUGGUGAGCUGCGAGCCGCCACCGCCCUCCUCAGAGAGAGAGACAAUAGAGCGGGACGAGGAGGUAGAUGAGGAGGAAGAGGAGGAGGAGGAAGAGGAGGAAGAGGUGGUGGUGUGUGGGGUUCGGGAGGACGCGGGGAUCACGGCACUGAUGAAUGUGGCAGCAAUGAAUGGAAUGAUGAAUGGAGAUGAAGUGCCUGAGCUCAGCUGCAGUCACAGCAGACCAGACAAGUUCCCCAACAACCUGGAGCCCGACACAGUUCUAACGGAGCACCAGCUCUUUGACGUGUUCAACAACGCAAUAGUAUCUUUUUACCGCUCAGAGGACGAAGGCGGAGGGGAGGAUGGUGGAGGUGGAGGAGGCACAGGAGGAGGAGGAGGAGGAGGAGGAAGUGCAGGAAAUGACUCCUCUUCCAGAAAUGACAGAGGGAGCAGCAGCAGUGGAGGAGGCACAAUCAGCACAGACAGCGGGACGGGGACGACAGGAGGAGGAGGCGGAGGAGGAGCUAGUAGCGGCGGUGGAGAAAGCGGGAAUACUAACAACAGCCCCGCUGGUAACGGAGGCGGGGGGCUCGGCGUGGUGACAGGGGGCAUGACCACCAACGACGCGCUGCUGUUCCACGAGAAGUGCGGCACGCUGAUCAAACUGAGCAACAACAACAAGACGGCGGAGCGGAGGAGACCGCUGGACGAGUUCAACAACGGCGUGGUGAUGACCAACCGGCCGCUCCGACACAACGAGAUGUUCGAGAUCCGUAUUGAUAAGCUAGUGGACAAGUGGUCAGGCUCCAUAGAGAUCGGUGUGACCACACAUAACCCCAACAACCUGGACUAUCCUGCAACUAUGACCAAUCUGCGCUCAGGUACAAUCAUGAUGAGUGGCUGUGGGAUAUUAACCAAUGGGAAAGGAACCCGAAGGGAAUACUGCGAAUUUAGCCUUGAUGAACUCCAGGAAGGAGAUCACAUAGGGUUGAUGCGCAAAGCCAGUGGAGCUCUGCAUUUCUACAUCAAUGGCAUCGACCAAGGUGUUGCAGCAGCCCAGACCCCCGCCGUUGUCUACGGGGUGGUUGACCUCUACGGUAUGGCCGUCAAAGUCACCAUAGUCCACAACCACAACCAUAGUGACCGCCUCAGACGCAACAAUGCCAUCAUGAGGGCUCUGUCGCCCGACGUUGGUCGGCCCAGGCCCUCUCUCUCCCUCACUCCAGACUCUGAGGGGCCUGAUAGACUGCUCUUCCACCACAAUUGUGGCCAGAAGGCCGCCAUCAUCAGUGACGGCAGGACGGCGCUGCGGCCACAUGCGACCGAUGACUUCAACCACGGUGUGGUCCUGAGCAGCAGGCCACUGCGCUCCAACGAGGUGUUCCAGGUUCGUAUUGACAAGAUGGUGGACAAAUGGGCAGGUUCCAUCGAAAUCGGUGUCACGACGCACAACCCCGCCUACCUACAGCUGCCCUCCACCAUGACUAACUUGCGCUCAGGGACGUGGAUGAUGACGGGGAACGGUGUGAUGCACAAUGGAACAACGAUACUGGAUGAGUACGGACACAACUUGGACCGACUCAAAGCAGGUGACACAGUAGGCGUAGUGCGGAAAGAAGAUGGCAGUCUCCACUUCUUUGUAAACGGUGUGGCUCAGGGCCCGGCGGCCUGGAACGUCCCCCCCAGCGUCUACGCCGUGGUCGACCUCUAUGGUCAGGCUGCUCAGGCCACCAUCAUGGAUGACAUGGUUGACCUCCCCCCUCUCCCAGAGGACAGCUCAGAGGGCCCCACAGCCAUGUCCCCCGGCAGCCCCUGCUCCAUAGCCGGCAUCUGCACGACCACCGACCUGCGUUUUCACCAGCUUCACGGCACCAACGCCGUCAUCACCAACGGGGGGCGCACCGCUCUGCGUCAGAACUGCCGCAGCGAGUUCAAUGACGCUAUAGUCAUUUCCAACAGGUGCCUUCGAGAUGGAGAGCUGUUUGAAAUCAUUAUCCAGAAGAUGGUGGACCGCUGGUCGGGUUCAAUAGAAGCAGGAGUGACGGCCAUCAGGCCAGAGGAGCUCGAGUUUCCCAACACGAUGACUGAUAUUGACUACGAUACUUGGAUGCUCAGUGGGACAGCCAUCAUGCAGGAUGGCAACACAAUGCGCAAUAACUACGGCUGUGACCUGGACUCUCUGACAACGGGCUCACGAAUUGGCAUGAUGCGCUCAGCUACUGGCGACCUCCACUAUUACAUCAACGGCGUGGAUCAAGGUGUCGCCUGUUCCGGUCUUCCACCAGAAGUGUUUGCUGUGAUCGACCUGUAUGGUCAGUGCGUUCAGGUGUCCAUCACCAGCUCCUCAGGCCCGCUGGACAACAGCCUGUGUACCAGCAACAUCACUGAGAAGAGCUUCCCCAUCCACUCACCAGUAGCAGGUGUUGCCCAUCGGCUCCACAGUAAACAUGGUAAGAACGUGGUGCUGCUGGGUGAGGGCUGCCAGGCUGUCAGAGUUGGAGGUUAUGCUCACGGAAUCAUGUUCAGUGCUAAAGAGCUGAAAGUGGACGAGAUGUUUGAGGUGAGGAUUGAUGAAGUGGAUGAGCAGUGGUGCGGUUCGCUGCAUAUCGGUCUAACCACACUUGCACCUCCGGAGCUGCCGUCCUGCCCGCUGUCAGGCCUCUCCCCCUCCCUCCCGCAGCUUCGCACCAAGGUCACCUGGCUGCUCUGCGGUUCCGAGGUCCGUCGCAACGGUGUGCUGCAGCGCCAGAACUACGGCUGCUCACUGGACCGGCUGACGGUUGGGAACCGUGUAGGUGUAAAGAGGCUCAGCGACGACACCAUGCACAUUUUUAUUGACGGAGAAGAUAUGGGACCUGCUGCUACUGCAGUCGCCAAGAAUGUGUAUGCAGUUUUGGACCUGUAUGGGCGGAUAACAGCGGUGUCCAUCGUCAGCUCCUCCAUGAUGGAGGACAUGGAGAGCGUCAAGGCGCCCUCUCUCUCCUCAGACAGCUGCAGCGAAGGAGAGGAGGACAGCACUCCUGUCAGAGAGGUGGAGAGCGAGCCAUGUGCGCUGGUGCCCACCGUCAUGGCGUUCCUGGAAAACCACGGCAAGAACAUCCAGCUGUCCAACCAGAACCUGACAGCAGCCAGAGUGUCGAGCUACAACCAGGGUCUGCUGGUCACCGCCCUGCCGCUCGCUCGCCAGCAGCUGUUCCAGUUUCAGAUCGACCGUCUGAACCCGUCAUGGACGUCGUCACUGUCGUUAGGGGUGAUCGGUCAUUCCCCCGACCGCCUCAACUUCCCCUCCACAGCGUGCUGUCUGAAACGCUCCGCCUGGCUGCUGCAGAGGGACUCCAUCUUCCACAACUCCUUAAAGGUAUCUUAUUUCUUAUUUUUCCUCAUUUUUAAUUGUUCCACCUUAAAUCCUCCAAACUCUCCUUUUUUUGACUCUCCUUUUUUUAUUCCUGUUCAAUCAACUGUUUUCUUUCUCCUUUCCUGUCCUCCUCAGAUAUGUGAGAACUAUGGUCCUAACCUGGACACUUGUCCCGAGGGGACGGUGUUGGGUCUGCUGGUGGACGCCAACAGUUGUCUCCAUCUCUAUGUCAACGGCAUGGACCAGGGAGUAGCGGCGCAGGACAUCCCUUCACCCUGUUACCCCUUCAUUGACCUCUACGGCCAGUGUGAACAGGUUACUAUAGUAACCAAUAAUGUACCAGCUGUGGGUGGAGAGAGUGGUGAGACCCGCUGUCAGGGCGACAUGGAAAAGGCGGACAUGGUUGACGGAAUCAAAGAGAGUGUGUGCUGGACGCCGCCUCCAGAGGUCAACCCCAACAAGACCUGCGAGUACCAGGCGCUGUGCUCCCGUUUCAAGGACCUGCUCACAUUACCUGAUGGUUACUUCAACGAAGACGCGAAGUACAACCUGUGUUACUGCGAGUCCUGCCACAAGCUGCGGGGCGACGAGGCUUAUUACAAGAGAGGAGAGCCGCCUCGUGACUACGCCCUGCCCUUCGGAUGGUGCCGCUUCGCCCUCAGGAUCAAGUCCCACUGUGAGGUUUCUAAUGCACUGAAGAAGUGGCACAUUGCGUACCACGGCACUAGUGUAGGAGCCCUGCGACGUGCCCUGGACCACAGCCAGCUGCUGCCUGGGACGUCGUCCAUCUUCUCCGUAUCUCCGGUGAAGGCAGAGGGGCCUAACGGUUACAGUGAGCCAGAGGAGAACAGCGCCCCCGGCAGGGAGGUUCCCAGAGUGCGGCUCUCCCCCACCAUGCGCUACUCCGGCUUGGAGAUCUUUGCCCCCAAAGUGCAAUUUCGGGACCCCCGCUCUCACCGAUGCCACCAGGCCCAGGUGGGAUUCCAGGUGUGCGUGCGUCCGGGCUCCUACAAAGUGGGACCGCAGACGCUCGGCAACAGCGAGCCCCUCGACCCUCGCUUCAGCAACUCAGAGAUCGAGUGGAUCACGAAAGAGCAGGGCGGCACGCUCCUCUACGGACUGCUCAUCCGGGUCGAGUGAAAGGAGCGACAAAAGAGGCAAUCGGGUGGAAGUGAGGAGGGUCCCGGGUACGAGCACCCUGUGGCACUCCUCGUACUUUUACUAAACUUGACAACCAAAUCCAACCCCUGCCUUUGAGCAAGAGACUCUGGAAUCCAGCUGUUCCUACUGUGGAUUGUUGACAAUUCAGCAUUUCAGAUUUUGUUUAUUUUGUUGGUUUUGGUUGUGUGCUCUUGGACUCUUUUAAUGGGCGGGGGCUACGGCGGUUUCAAAGAAGAACAGACACUGCCUGCACUUUAUGUUUCGGACACUCGUGGGCGAUUUUUAAACUAACUUCUCAUCGACACGACACGUUUGUUCAUUUGCUGCAAUUCAAUUUUUUUCCACCUUUUUUUUUUUUUUUCUUCUUCCCAACAUCUCAUUUUCUUCCACACUCACAAACCGCUUUUUUUUCCUGAAGCUUUUGGCACUUGUUUUAACACUAAGCACCUCAGCUUUUUAUUUUGGGAGGAGCUGUCCCCUGCCAAUCUGCACGUUAAUGAACUGUCAUUUAAAAAAGACUGAACUGUGGGUCAGAAAAAAAGAAAAAAAAAGAGAAAUCUGUGAUAAAAGAGUGACAAUGUUUUCACAAAAAUACAAAAGACAGAAAAGACACUUGAAUCUUCGAAUGAAUCCAAGAGUGUCUUGUGAUUGUGACUUCUUUAAAAGGGGGGGAGGGGGACAUUUUAAAACUGGAGGAAGAGAAAUGUUUACACAUGUACCAUUGUAUGUUGCUGUCCUCUCUGCGUCUCCACGUUAUCAGUCCGGCUUCUUUAUCAGUCCUGUUUGUGUGUCUGUUUCGGCCCGGCUCAUUUCUGACUCCUCUUAUCAAUGAGAAACAUUCACAGAAAGUUUAAAAGUGUCGUGAAAACUGGAAAGUUUGACAGAAAAAUGGGACUUACAACAAAACCUCCUGCACCUUUUGAAAAGCUAAAAAUUGAGAUACUGAAAAACAAACGAUGAACCAGCUGAUAGCUUGUGUGUGUUACAACCGAAAUGAGAUAUUUAAAAUAUGUAUAGUUACUUCUAGACUCGGCGCGUUGUGAUACACCAACUGUUGCUGGCUCGAGCACAAAGAUUUAGAAGAGUACUUUGACAUUUUUGGGGAUAAGCUUGUUCGCUUUUUUGCUGGGAGAUAAUAAGAUUAACACAGCUCCUUUGAUAACCUAAAUAUGAAGUUGCAGCCAAGACAUAAGCUAGUCCGGCACAUAACCUCAGUAAAACGAUGAAUCGUCGUUUUCACACACUUAACGUAACUCUCCGCCAGAAAAAGGAUUAAGCGUAUAUCUCCAAAAUGUCUGAUGUUUUACUUUUAAGUGUUUUACAUGGACUGAAGCCAAAAGUUUCAAGUGGUUUUCCACAUCACUCCCGCUGUUUCGCUUCCCCCACAUCGUUUACACUCGCACACACCUCCGCUCUCCGAUCCAUCCAUUCGUCACGUCUGACUGUGUUUACCUGGCAGGGCCUCCAGAGCCAACACUGAGGAGUCAUCUGCGUCACCACGCUGGUGUUUACAUGUGAAUGUUAUUAAUUAGGGCUCUGCAGUUUUCUAAUUUAGACAUUAUUGAUUUUCAUUUGUCCAAAAAAAAAAGUUUAUACAAGGGUUUUAUUUCAUCCAAAAACAUCCACCAUAAUGAUUGAUUGUAUGUGAACAGCUUUCCAAAGUUUUAUUUUUUUUUUGGUGAUCGUUCUCAAUCCUGUUGCCAAUUUGACAAACCUGCUAAAAAUCAUGAAACCCCAACAUUUUUUUCAAGGCACAGUUUUGAUGAGUCAAACUCAAAUUUACAAUUUUAAAAAAAAAGAAGAAAAAAAGCUCAGUCACCUUCAACGAGCAGCUGUGAUCUGUCUGAAGAAAGAUCUGUGGGGUUUGGCAAAGGAAAAACUUCCAAUCAAAAAUGUGAAAAAUAUUAUUAUAUGGGUUAUUUAUGGCCCAGUGCUGCUUUGUACAAUUUAAUUUGUAUUGUUUUCUCUUUUUUUGUUUUCUGUAUGUUGCAUUGUACAGGCUGUUACAUAACAAAUCAUAUCUUCCUGAUUUAUAAAAAAUAAAAAUAAACUGAGAGACAGUAUGCACAGAAGGAUGGUUAAACUGUGUGUGUUUUUUGGGGGUGGGGGGUAAACAACAAUAAAAUGCCA